CUACAACUUUGGCCCAUCUUUGGUAAGACUUGGCUCUAUCUUUCACAAGACUUGGUUCUGAAGCAAUAUUUAUUUUGAUCCUCUUCUUGCUUUAUAGAGCCUUCAUUUUGCCGUGUUUAUACAAGUGGCAAUUUACUAUUUAAUAUAUGUUUAACAAUGGAAUUGCAGGUUGCUAUUGUCAAUUCUCAAACACUUGAAGAGGUAGCAAGGCUUGAAAAGAUCUUAAAAUUGGUUAUAAUGAUGCCACGACCAACACUGAAGCAACCAAAGAAGACAACGGUCACAGAUGAGGAAAACGAAGCUAAUGAUGGGCCAAGUGAUGCUGAGCCUGAACAGAAGAAUGAGUCUGCAGACAUGGAACAGGACGUACCAGAUAGACUAUUCGGAUUAUCGAUGCGGGUCCAAAUUAAAACCUAUAAAGAGUAUGAAGAGGUAUGGAUAAAUGAGAUAUGGAGGGGCACUUAUCCCAAAUGGAAUAGAGUAUUGUUUCAGGAGUAUUGAAUAAUUUGUCAAUGCUAACAGUAAUUGAAAAAUGUUCUUAAACCACCUUAAUUUAAUGAGCACCAAUUAUCAUCAACAAUCAAAACAAGAUUAAAAGAAAAAUUUUGUUAUUGUAUGCCUCUAAGAUACAUGUUAAAAAAACUUUAAAAUGUUAUAUAUUAUGUAUAAAAGUGAGUGUAAAUAAAUAAUGUGCAAUACUUACGAUUUCAAAUUACACGUUAAUAAGACGUGUAAUUCUACUAACACGGAAAAUGAACAUAGAAUGAUCUACAAAAGUUGAUGCGGCUUCUUUCAUUAGGUAAGUGAAAAAAAGAAAAAAGAAAAAGGAAAAAAGAAAAAAGAAAAAAGAAAAAGAAAAGAACAAGCCUCUGUGAACAGUUAUGUGUUCCAUAUUCUGUGUUAAUAGAAUCAUGGAUGGACUGAGAAUUUUCACACAGGGGUGAAAAUAUACAUACUAACAAAAAUUUUAAAUGAAAAAUAUGGAUUGCAAUAUCAGUUUUCUAUCGACAUAUAAAAAGCAAAAAUAAGAUGAAAAUAUAUAUAAAUAAGCAUUUUUUUAUAGUAUCUAGAAAUAGGGUUUGUUGUCAAUGGUAUUUAUAACAAAUUAUUAUAAAUUAUAAAUUUUAUUAUAUUUUGUCUAAUUUUUUAUUUUAUUUUAUACUUUAAUCCAAUGUUUUAUAGGUAUAGAAAAGCAACUGCUUAAAUCAAGAGAGGAUGACCACUUAAAAUUUGAAAAAAAUAUUUAGAGGGGGUCAACCUCUAUCAUUUAGAAAUAAUUAUAAUUAAUACUACUAUAAUAAAAAAACAGAGAUUUUUGAAAUCCUUGAAUAGAAUUACUCUAAUAAGACCCUAUAUUAAUUAUGAGUGCAUUGACUACCUAGUAUAUUUAAUUGGGUUUCUG